AAUUCUGACACCGACUCUCCAUCACGGGAUUAUUUCCACGACAUUUACCGCCGAGAUGACGGAGGAGUGUGUGUUGCGGUGCGUGCUGAUGCUCUGCUGCGCGCUCCUCUCCGCCAACGCCAGCAACUGGCUGUACUUGGCCAAGCUGUCAUCAGUGGGAAGCAUCCGGGAUGAAGAGACGUGCGAGAGGUUACGAGGCCUCAUCCAGAGACAGGUUCAAAUCUGUAAGCGCAGCGUGGAGGUGAUGGACGCGGUACGUCGGGGCGCCCAGCUGGCGAUCGACGAGUGCCAGUUCCAGUUCCGCAACCGCCGGUGGAACUGUUCCACUCUGGAGACCAUGCCUGUGUUCGGCAAGGUGGUCACCCAGGGCACCCGCGAGGCGGCCUUUGUGUAUGCCAUCUCAGCAGCCAGUGUGGCGUUCGCGGUCACACGGGCCUGCAGUAGCGGAGAGCUGGAAAAAUGCGGCUGUGACCACAACGUGCAUGGAGUCAGUCCAGAGGGAUUCCAGUGGUCGGGCUGCAGCGACAACAUUGCUUACGGGGUGGCUUUUUCUCAGUCCUUCGUGGACGUGAGGGAGAGGAGUAAAGGCCAGUCCUCCAGUCGGGCCCUCAUGAACUUACACAACAAUGAGGCGGGAAGGAAGACCAUCCUGGCUCACAUGCGCGUGGAGUGUAAAUGCCACGGCGUGUCGGGCUCGUGCGAGGUGAAGACCUGCUGGAAGGCCAUGCCGCCCUUCCGCAAGGUGGGCAACGUCAUCAAGGAGAAGUUCGACGGCGCCACCGAGGUGGAGCAGCGCAAAAUGGGCUCCGCCAAAUUCCUGGUGCCUCGCAACUCCCAGUUCAAGCCCCACACGGAUGAAGAUCUGGUCUACUUGGAGCCCAGUCCGGACUUCUGCGACCGCGACCCGCGCACACCGGGCAUGCUGGGCACGGUGGGGCGCCAGUGCAACAGAACCUCAAAGGCCAUAGACGGCUGCGAGCUGAUGUGCUGCGGCCGCGGCUUCCAGACGCAGGAGGUGGAGGUGGUGGACAGGUGCAGCUGCAAGUUCCACUGGUGCUGUUACGUCAAAUGCAAACAGUGCCGCAAAACGGUGGAGAUGCACACUUGCCGGUGAUGGCGCCGCGGGAUGAACGCAACGCCCGGAGUGAGCACUGAGGACUGGAUACCGCCAACCCUUCCACUAAACAGACCCGAGUAGCUGAGAGGACCACGGAGCAUCCCAUUCCUCAUCUCUUCUCCAUUUAGAAUGCAUCGUUCACUUCCUCCCUUUUUUGUAAUGUUUAACUUAUUUGCUGAGACUGAGGAGCUUAUCUGGGAUUGACUCAGAAGGAGGGGGGUGGACGCAUGGAGAUAAGGAGGGAUAAACAGCCCCCCUGGAUGGGUGGGGUUAAGAGAUUUGGGUCUAGAGGAGAGCUCUGUCCUUUGCUGCUGCUUCAACGAUCCAACGGACACAAAGGAAAGACUGAACCAGUCACAGGUGGACCUUCUGUGUGCUUUCUGUGUUAAUGGCUGCACUGAGCUUUAUUAACAAAAACCCAAAACCAGUGAAGUUGGCACGUUGUGUAAUUCGUAAAUAAAAACCGAAUACAAUGAUUUGCAAAUCUUUUUCAACUUAUAUUCAAUUGAAUAGGCUGCAAAGACAAGAUAUUUAACGUUCGAACAGAGAAAUUUAAUUGUUUUUGCAAAUAAUCAUUAAAAAGUUGGCACUGGGGCAUUUUUACCACUGUGUUACAUGGCCUUUCCUUUUAACAACACUCAAUAAACAUUUGGGAACUGAGGAGACCAAUUUUUGAAGCUUUUCAGGUGGAAUUCUUUCCCAUUCUUGCUUGAUGUACAGCUUAAGUUGUUCAACAGUCCGGGGGUCUCCUUUGUGGUAUUUUAGGCUUCAUAAUGCGCUACACAUUUUCAAUGGGAGACAGGUCUUUUACUACGAAGCCACACUGUUGUAACACGUAGCUUGGCAUUAUCUUGCUGAAAUAAGCAGGGGCGUCCAUGAUAACGUUGCUUGGAUGGCAACAUAUGUUGCUCCAAAACCUGUAUGUACCUUUCAGCAUUAAUGGUGCCUUCACAGAUGUGUAAGUUACCCAUGCCUUGGGCACUAAUACACCCCCAUACCAUCACAGAUGCUGGCUUUUGAACUUUGCGCCUAUAACAAUCCGAAUGGUUCUUUUCCUCUUUGGUCCUAAGGACACGACGUCCACAGUUUCCAAAAACAAUUUGAAAUGUUGUCACACCAAAGAACACUUUUCCACUUUGCAUCAGUCCAUCUUAGAUGAGCUCAGGCCCAGUGAAGUCGGCUGCAUUUCUGGGUGUUGUUGAUAAAUGGCUUUCGCUUUGCGUAGUAGAGGUUUAACUUGCACUUACGGAUGUAGCGGCAAACUGUAAUUACUGACAGUGGUUUUCUGAAGUCUUCCUGAGUCCAUGUGGUGAUAUCCUUUACAGAAUGAUGUCGCUUUUUGAUGCAGUAUCGCCUGAGGGAUCGAAGGUCACUAAUAUCAUCUCCAGAUUCUCUGAACCUUUUGAUGAUAUUACAGAUGCUGACUUUUGAACUUUGCGCCUAGAACAAUCCUGGAUUGUUUCCUCUUUGGUCCAAAUGAGCUAAUAUUUGCAAAAAAUAAUUACGUUUUCCAGUUCGAACGUUAAAUAUCUUGUCUUUGCAGUCUAUUCAAUUGAAUAUAAGUUGAAAAGGAUUUGCAAAUCAUUGUAUUCUGUUUUUAUUUACCAUUUACACCACGUGCCAACUUCACUGGUUUUGGGGUUUUUGUACAUGCAUAGGGAAAUAAUUCCGAGUGAAAUCCACUAUCAGCGCCUUCCUAUGUCAACUCACAGCAUGAGCACAAGUGACGGGCAUCGGGCACAAAAAUACGACAACCUCAUCAUACUCAGAUCAGCAUCACCAUCCGCACCACCAAUAAAACACAGUAACCUAAACCUUGUUUCUAGUUGGGUUCAGUUUGUAACAAAAUGUGUUUUUUUUCCCAUUCGAUAACUAAUGAAAUCAAUAAGGCUUGAAAGGGUGACGUAGUGAACG